AUGAAUUUAUCCCGACCUUCUAGUUCCUCUUCUUCAGCUGAUGCACCCGGUUUACUUUACGCUGGGUUUAACCAAGAUUUUGGGUGUUUUGCUGCAGGCUUAGAUAAUGGGUUUAGAAUUUAUAAUUGUGAUCCUUUGAAAGAGAAAAUGCCUUUUGAUGAUGGUGGAAUAUCAAUUGUUGAGAUGUUAUUUAGAUGUAAUUAUCUCGCUUUAGUAGGAGGUGGAAAGAAUCCAAAACAUCCACCAAAUAAAGUAAUUAUAUGGGAUGAUUCAAAAAAUAAAGGACUAAGUGAAUUAGAAUUUAGAAGUGAAGUAAAAAAUGUAAAAUUAAGAAGGGAUAGAAUUGUAGUUAUCCUUUCUAAUAAAGUUUUUGUGUACGUAUUUGAAGCUCAACCUCGAAAAAUUCAUACCUUUGAAACAAUAGAUAAUGAAAAAGGAAUAGUUGCUCUUUCGUCGUUACCGGAACAUGCCAUAUUAGCAUUCCCGGGUCGACAAAAAGGUCACAUUCAAAUUGUUGACCUUAAUUCAUUACAUGCUAUCACGGCUGUAUCAAAUCAACAACAACAUCCAGUUAUAGAUAGAAGACCAAGUUUGUCAAAAAUAAAAAGUUCAAAUUCAGGUAGUACAACGGUAAUGACAACCAAUGUUAGUAUUAUUCCGGCACAUACAGGGAAGUUGAGUUGUCUGGCAGUUAAUGCAGAUGGUAGUAAAUGUGCUAGUGCAAGUGAAAAAGGUACUUUGAUAAGAGUAUUUGAUACAUCAUCAGGAAAAUUAUUGAACGAACUAAGGCGUGGCGUAGAUCGAGCAGAAAUAUAUAGUAUUGCAUUCAGUCAAGAUUCGAAACGUCUAUGUGUAUCUUCUGAUAAAGGGACAGUACAUAUUUUUAAUUUAGAUAGUUCAAUGGAUAAUGGUUUAAGUCAAUCCCCAAAUAAUGGGGGUCCUUAUUAUGGUGAAAUUUAUUUUUCAUCAGAAUGGUCUUUUGCACAGUUUAAACUGAUGACGGAUUGUCGAUGCAUUUGUGGCUUUGGACAAGAUAGAAAUUCCGUGAUUGUAAUUUGUGCUGAUGGAAGUGUUUAUAAAUUUACAUUUGAUCCACAGAAAGGUGGUGAUUGUGUACAAGAACAUUACACCAAAUUUUUAACGGAUCAAGAUGAUUGA